UGAAUCUAUAUAUCACUUCUUUGGCAAGGUAUCCAAAUGUAAAUCCAUGCAAGUUUAAUAGAGAAAAAAAAUGAGAGUAUACCCGAGAAAGCAAUGUUUUCUUCUAUAUGUUGUUUGGAUAUGUACUUUGCUUGUUGCGACCGUUCAAACUCAGAAAGGAACUCCAGCAACUACAGAUCCUGAUGAAGUUCGAGCUUUGAAUUCACUUUUCCUUAAAUGGGGGAUUACUUUUGAAAACAAAUUAUGGAAUAUAAGCGGAGAGCCAUGCAGUGGAGCUGCCAUUGAUUCUACUACCUCUAUUGACACCUUGAAUACAGGGAUAAAAUGUGACUGUUCUUACAAUAGUAGCUCCACUUGCCACAUCAACCAAUUAACUAACGGAAUUGAUACAUUGUCUUUUUACUAAAAUGACAAGUGAAAAGUAAAAGCUUCUCGUUGAUGGGUGGAA